GCAUGCGCAGUGCCCCAACUAGGAAGCAGCGCAGACGAGCUUGACGGAUUAUGUGGACAUAUCGGUGAGCGAAAGCAGCUGCUUUCGAAUAAUUUAUUAGGGCUUCAUAUACUCGUGGAAACAAUGGAGUCUGUUUAAAAUGGACGGCUGACAGCUUAAAGGGAAGUCGGUGUAAUUUAAUGUACAUGUAAUUGUAUGUAUUAAAAACUGAGCAACAAUGAUGUCAGAAUGCGACCCGACGGAGACCAGCGAGCCCGCGCUGGACACCGGAGCAACAGCGGUUCCUGCUUCGGAGUGUAACUUUCACUCGUCAGACCGUCCAGCGGUAUUAUUUGAUAGGAACAGGAUAGGUUUGGGACUUGCGGCGAACCCCGGAGCCGCUGUUCGUAUCUCGGACUCUUGUGAAAGCGUCUUGACGGAGCUGGAGACUGACGGCUCCGGCGAAGAGGCGCUGUUGUUACCGUGCUUAGCAGGAAGCUCGUCGUCUCCGCGGGGCGCACGGGAGAAGCGGAGCAGGCGGAAUAGACACAGCUCGUCGUCGGAUAAAGACACAUUGGCCUCCCCAGGUACCAACAGUGGGGACUUCAACCAUUUCCCUGACGAUCCCGAGUUUGCAGAUAUCAUCCAAAGGGCUGAACAAGCUAUUGAGAAUGGCGUCUUUCCAGAGAGGAUUUCCCAGGGUUCCAGUGGGAGCUACUUUGUCAAAGACCCAAAAGGGAAAAUUAUUGGUGUUUUCAAACCAAAGUCAGAGGAACCUUACGGUCACCUGAACCCCAAAUGGACCAAAUAUUUUCACAAGCUGUGCUGUCCGUGUUGUUUUGGCCGAGGCUGCUUGUUGCCUAACCAGGGUUACCUCUCAGAGGCCGCUGCCUCACUGGUUGAUACCAAGCUCGGCCUGGGAGUGGUGCCGAAAACGAAGGUGGUGUAUUUGGCCAGUGAGACGUUUCACUACAGCGCCAUCGACAGAGCCAAAUCCAGGGGGAAGAAGUACGCUUUAGAGAAAGUCCCCAAGGUGGGACGACGCUUCCACAGAGUGGGCCUGCCACCAAAGGUGGGCUCGUUUCAGCUGUUUGUGGAGGGUUACCGCGAGGCAGAUUACUGGCUGCGGCGCUUCGAGGCAGAGCCUCUGCCAGAGAACAUCAGGAAGCAGCUGCAGUCACAGUUUGAGCGGCUGGUAGUGUUGGACUACGUCAUCAGAAACACAGAUCGAGGAAAUGAUAACUGGUUGAUCAAGUAUGAGAAGCCAGGAGAAGAAGGAGAAGAGGAGGGACAAAAGGAUGCAGAGUGGCCAGAGAAUAGUUCCGACUCCUGCAUGAAGAUCGCAGCAAUCGACAACGGCCUGGCCUUCCCCUUUAAACACCCGGACGAAUGGAGAGCCUACCCGUUCCACUGGGCAUGGCUCCCCCAGGCUAAGGUGGCCUUCUCCCAGGAGACCAGAGACCUGGUGCUGUCCCGCCUCUCUGACAUGAACUUUGUCCAGGACCUCUGUGAGGACCUCUAUGAGAUGUUCAAGACAGAUAAAGGCUUUGAUAAAACCAUGUUUGAGAGACAGAUGUCUGUCAUGAGGGGACAGGUGCUGAACCUGACCCAAGCGCUGAAGGACGGUAAGAGCCCCAUCCAGCUGGUGCAGAUGCCCCGGGUGGUAGUGGAGCGCAGUCGCUCAGGCGGCCAGGGACGCGUGGUCACACUUGGCAACGCCUUCACACAAACCUUCCACUGCAAGCGCCCCUUUUUCUCCUCUUGGUAGUCAGAGACGAGCGAGGAGGUCAGCUGAGGAGAGGCUUCUGCAACAGCUCUUUUUUUGUCCUGAAGUCAGGAAGCAAGGGAGAGGAUGUGAAUAUCGCACUGGAGACUGCUCAUAUUUCUUUGGCAAGAGAAGAAAUGAAGACACAGAUGAUAGAAAGUAAGAUGAAGAAACUUGGCUGCGGCCCAUUCCUCGUUUUGUGAAGAGAGCUCAGAGAAGCAUGGGAGCUGGAGAGAUUGGCAUGCCAGUGUCUCCUAGAGACCUUGGGGCUGUUUGUGGUUACCAUGGCGACUUGAUUGGAUAAUCGGCUUUUCCACAGAGGUGGGCUUUGUUUAUUGUUAGGAGGCAGAAAGGAUUUUUUUUUUUUUCUACCCACCCAAAGUACCUACUGAAGUCUCUUGCAGGGUCUCUUGGUGGGGCUAAUGGCCAAAGAAGAAGUACUUAGAAACCACAAACAGAUCUGUGGUCCAGUAUGUUUGGGAAUCUUAAGGACUGGUUUCACAGAUCUCUCCAGAAAGUGAUUUUUAAAAAUCUGGGGCAGGUCUGGGAUAAAGUCCCAAACUAUUUGCUUUGCCUUGUAGGAUUACUUGUUAAAAUAUAGAUGUGCACUCGCACUGCUGGAAGUGUUUGACUGGUUCUACAGAACUGGGUCAGACCGCUCUUUUAGCCAGUGUUAGUUUUCAAAACCACAAACCCAGUGUCUUCAACUCUCACUACUGCCAAAAUCUGUUUGUGGAAGGAAUAUUUAAGAGGCUCAAUAAAAUGGGUAUUGUUGAAACUUGAAUAUGAAAUUUGGGGAAGGAGGACUAGUAAUAAACACAUUGCUUGAAUGUAAUCUGUUUACGGUUUCUAUACAGAUUCUUGCUCCAAAACAUUUCAAUACGAGUGAAUGCUGUCAAAAUUACUUUGUUUUUUUCGUAACAAUGAAUGUAUUUGUUGUUUGACAUGUAUUUAAUUGCUGGCAAGCAGCUUUCUCUUGAACCUCGUGGCAUGGCGGAUGGCACCUCGUCCCUGCCCUUUAUAUUAUGUUAUAUGAAGAGGAAAAAGAAAACAGAGGACAAUAUUUCACACUUGCUCGAUGCCGUUGUGUUUUCUUAUGUAUGCAUCUUGAAAUUUUUAUUCCAACUCAAUGAUUGUAUGAGAAAAGUUGUAUAUUUAACAAAUGAAAAAUAAAAUUUGGGAAAUUUGAAUCUUU